AUGGGUGCGUCGCAGUCGUCGUCGGGAGGGAGGGAAGGGGGCAGCAGCGGUGGAGGCGGACGGCCAAAGACGGCCGACGGCAUCGAUGUGCAGGACUACUAUGGCCUGCUCGAGCUGCCAUCGCCCGACGAGCAGGUGGCGACGACUGAGGAGAUUCGCAAGGCGUAUCGCAAGCUCGCCCUUCGCUAUCACCCGGACAAGAAUCCAGAUGACGUGGAAGGGGCAAACAAGCGCUUCCACCUCAUCCAAGCUGCUUACGAGGUGCUGAGCGACGACCAGGAGAGGGCGUGGUACGAUGGCCACCGGGCUGACAUCCUCGGUGGUCUGAUGGACGACGACGGCGACGAUGGCGGCCUCGACGAGGAGGCCUUUGAAGCAUUUCGCACGGGCAAGAAGAAGCCACCGCCAGCACCCACAGGUAGCUCGGCACCGGGCAUGACUCCCCGGCAGCUGAUGCGCUUCCUCGACGCUUCUCUGUGCAUCGACGUGACGCCGCCCUCAGCCGACGAGGCCGGCUUCUUUGGCACCUUCCGGCGGCUCUUUGAGCGCCUCGCAGACGAGGAAAAGGCCGCUGCCCCAUACCCUGGCGAGAAACAGUGGCCGUACGACGACAUGCCCAGCUUUGGCUACUCGCAUACACCCUACCUGCACGCCAAGGGUGAGGAGGCGCCUGUCAACCAAUCGCCAGCCCGAGACUUUUACGCCGUCUGGUCCAACUUCACCUCGCGCAAGGGCUUCGGGUGGCGAGACAGCUAUCGCCUCCAAGAUGCUCCCGACCGCAGGGUAAAAAGACUCAUGGAGAAGGAGAACAAGAAGAUGAGGGACACAGCGCGUAGAGAGUACAACGAUGUGGUCAGAUCGCUGGUGUCGUUUGUGCGAAAGCGAGACCCGCGAGUCAAGGCGCACCUCGCCUCGCAGUCGGCAGCUGCAAACUCAGCAGAGGAGCUCGAGAGGAGAAGGGAGGCGGCCAAACGGGAGAUGAGGGAGCAGGAGGAGCGCGCGAGAGCGUUCAAGCAGCAGAGUUGGGACGCCUGGGACGACGGAGGAGCGAGAAACCGAGAGAGUGAAGGCGACAGCGACGAGGACAGCGAGGCGUCCUUUGGUGAGCGCGUCAAGGGACAGGGCGUAGGGAGAGGCGAAGAGGACAGAGACGAAGAUGACGACGAAGCCGGCGAAGACGAAGAAGGAGAAGCGCUCUUUGACUGUGUCGCGUGUGAUAAGAUCUUCCAGUCCGCAGCGGCUUGGGACAAUCACGAGAGGAGCAAGAAGCACAAGCAGGCCGUCAAGAAGCUCCAGAGAGAGAUGCAGCUCGACGACGAGCAGUUCGGGCUCGAAGAAGAAGUCAACGGCGAGAAGGAUGAGCAAGAUUUACGGGAAGCCAUUGACGAUGUUCAUUUAGACGACCAACCCGGUGCAAACACCAGCAUCGGCGCAGAAGAGGGACUCAGCAAAAAGGCAAGACAGAAGCUCAAGAAGCGCAUGAAGCAGGAGGAGAAGAUGGCAGCUGCCUCGGCCGUCAACUCCGACAACGACGACGGAGCAGGGGCAGACAAGGGAGCUCAUCAAGCGGAGGCCGUCGAAAGCCCGCAGGAAUCGGCCGCAGAUGGGGAGCAAAGCAAUGACACCGUCAAAAACAGCGGCAGCGGCAGUGGACGGAGAGCACGGCGGGGCAAAAAGAACGACGUGGCUGCUGCGGAGCGGUGCAACGUCUGCCGCGAAGCCUUUGAUUCGCGGUCCAAGCUCUUUACCCACAUCCGCGAGACAGGCCAUGCGCUUGCGACGACCAACGGCGGUGUUGGAGCCCAAUCAAAGACGAAGAAGAAGGCCGCAAAAUGA